AUGGCUUUAGGGAGGAGAGUUAUCGUGUCAUUGGUACUUAUGACGAUUGUAACAAUGUGCUUUGUCAAAGCCACCAUCGCAGAAGAAGCGGCUAAGGAUAAAUCAUGGACUGAUUGGGCCAAGGAGAAGAUCGGUUUAAAGCAUGAAGAAAACAUCCCGACCACUCACACCGUCACAACGGUCGAAGAUAACGCUGAUAAGGCCAAGGCUGCUAGGGACGCGGCCAAACGCAAGGCAGAGGAAGCCGUUGGAGCUACUUACGAGACAGCAAAAUCGAAAGCAGGCGAGACUAUUGGUUCCUUGAAAGACAAGGCAGCGCAGAGCUAUGAUUCAGCAGGUCAAGUUAAAGAUGACUUGUCUCACAAGUCAAAACAAGUUAAGGAGGGUUUCUCGGGGGGUGAUAGUGAUGUGUCAUGGACUGAUUGGGCUAAAAAGAAAAUCGGAAUAAAAAACAGCGAAAACUACCCUAACAUGGGUGACACGAUGUCAGAUAAGGCUAAAGAAGCAAAGGACGCAGCCACACUCAAAGCGAGAGACGCUAAGGAGAGGUUAGAAGAAACGGUUGAGGCGGCUAAGGAGAAGGCGAGCGAUCUGACAAGUGCGGCUACGGAAAAAGCCGAGAAGUUGAAGGAAGAAGCGGAGAGAGAGAGUAAGAAUGCGAAGGAGAAGAGUAAAGAACACUACGAGAAUGCAAAGUCCAAAGCUGAUGAGUCUUUGGAGUCUGCGAAAGAUGAAGCGUCUCAGAGCUAUGACUCAGCUGCUAAGCAAUCAGAGCAAGCUAGAGAUACCUUAUCUCACAAGUCAAAACAAGUUAAGGAUACUAGCUUGAACAACGAUGAUUCUGAGCUCUAG